AUGGCUCUCGCCAUUUGCUCCCGGCAUCUCUUUGGCCUGAUGCUGGCGAUGCUCCUCGCCGCAACCACGAGCGCGAGUGCAUCGGACGCCGCCCAGCUGGCGCUGCCCUCCUACCACUAUGGGGCACCCAUCGCAGUCGAAUGCAUGAACAGAAGCUCAGAAACGGGCGAGCAUAUCGAGAACCCAGAGAACCAUGAGCUCCAAUGGAUCCCUUUUCCAGUCUGCGAGGAGACCAACAAGCCACUCGAGUUCCACUACGGCAUCGAGGCCGAAGUAAAUUGCACCAUACCCAUGAUCAGCGACCCCUUCUUCCACCUCCUCGAGUUCUACGUCCACUCCGACGCGCCGCUGUCUUGCCGCCUCCCUGCCCGCCCUCCGCCACACGUUGAGAUCGUCGAUGAGAAGCCCGUCGCCCAGGAGUAUAUCCCCCUGGUCUUCGCACUCGCGGGGACCCUGCAGUUCAGCCACAUGCACAUCUCGACGCAUAUGAACGUGCUGCUGCACAGCACGCCAAAACACCACAUACACCCCCACGACAGCGGCGUCUUGGACUCCGGGAUCGCCUACAGCACGAGUCCGCUGAGCCAUAUGGCGGGUACAGCGACCAAGAAGCUGAUCAUCGGGGACCCUCUGCCGCUGAGUUUCAGCAUCCGGUGGUUUCCCACGCCUUCGCUGCCCAAGACAGAGGGCAAGGUCGAGUGGCAGGGCAUGGGUGGGCACAUCUACGCGAGCACUGUAUUUUACAGUCUGGUUUCGUUUCUAGCGGGCGCUUGUGUCACGGCGGUGUACUUCUUCGGAAUGGUCUUGCCUAGGAGGCUUAAAGGAAGAGCGCUGGGGGGCGCCACGCCCCUGGGUUAUGGGCUGAAUGGCGUGGGCAACGGAUGGGGAAUCCCGAUGGCAAAGCGAGCUAUCGACUAA